AUGAGCAGCGUCCUCACGGCACGCGCUGAUCCAGAUGCGCAGACGACAGUUACCGACUUCCUCGACUUCACGGAGUAUCUGCCUGCCGACAUGAUGCGCUCCCUUACGCUCGUGGGCCAGCUGGAUCAGAGAUAUGCGGAUGCUUCACACAAGGUCGAUGACUUGACGACACUAUGGGGACAGCUUCCAGGGCUACCGGCCCAUGAGCGCCCGUCGCCGGUGCAGCUGCGCGCUGACAUCUCGGAGCACUUGAAGCAAGCGCUGGAUUCGCGCAUCUUUGCCCAUGCAGAGGCAGUGAGAAUGGCCGACAAUGUCAACCGCCACUACAACAAGGCCACGGCGCUACUAUCUAAACUCAAGACGAUGAUGGAAAAUUACCCAACGGAGGAGCAGGCUCCUGUCGAGCCUAGGUCUCCUCAAAUGACGAGGGCGAAGUUGACAGUGAGAGCUACUGGGGAAGAUGGGCAGAAAGUGCGCCGGUCUCGAGUCCCUCGAAUCACGGUUCCCGGCGAGGUUCUCGCGCCCUACGAAAUUGAAUACGACACCUUUAGCGACGAUAGCGAUAUCAGCUCUGAUGAAGAGUCCGAACCGCCAGCCACCAACCGCAGGAUACAAGUUCCUACGCCUCGGAUCAAGCUUGUCAGCAACAAGAGCCAGAAAUCUAGUGGCCGCUCUUCACGAGGACAAUAUGCUACGCCUGCCCUGAGUGCUGCGGCUGCAGCAAAUGCGGCAGCGCUGCUUAACCCUCCACCCGAAAACGCUGUCAUCGGCAGCCCUGACGCACCGUGGCUACAGUUGACCCAAUAUGAGCUGGCCAAACUUAGGAAACGGAUGAAGAAGAACGCAACGUGGACGCCUAGCGAGACCAUGAUUGCUAGGGAACUGAAGGCCUUGUGUCGUGGGCCAGAUGCUUACCGAGAGGCCAAGAAGAAGGCAGAGGAGGAAGGCCGGGUGUUUGAGGCAACGGUGCCAACGCCCAUCAUAGACAACGAAUCGGGGACUCGACAGAUGCCUGCUGGCGCCAUCAGCGUCGAUUCGUUGGCUGCCACCGAGGUGCCGACCAGCAACCGCGGCAUGAAGCUCAAUGAAGCCAAGAAGCUCAAGAGAGAGCAGCUAGCAAAGCUGGCGGCCGAAGAAGCCGAGGAAUCUGCCCGUAAGAUGCAGCAGGCAGCAAAGCUGUUCCUGGGCAGCAGCACGACUUCCAGCAUGACGCCCGAGAACGCAAAGAGCCCUGGACCGCAGCCCAAGCCGCGGACCAAUUCCAGGUCUAAGCGAAAGAGAGAUACUGAGGACGAGACCAAUGGCGACACGGCAACAGUGGCAACGACAGAAGGCGGUGAAGCAUUGUCAUCAUCGCGGCCACAGCCAAAGCGCACCAAGACUGAGACACCUGUCCCACCGCCAGUGCCCGGUCUGAUUCCACAAGGCAGCUCGGUCUCCUCCGACAACUCUGCACCCCAAGCUGCCGCGACGUCUGGGGCAGCUAGUGCUGUUCCCCAGUCGGAGACUCCCGUUCCGAUCCCCAUCCCUCCGCAGUCUUCCGUCACGACCAGGUCAGCAACAUCUCCAGCGCCAGGCUCAACCAUUGCAGCCAAUACGAGCAACGGCACAGUCACCGUCUCUACUCCCGCGCCUAUCAAAACUCCGUUUGAAACCCCUGUCCCUCUUCCUAAGACGGAGCCCAGGAUGUCUACCACACCUAUCCCUCCGCCGACGAUUAGAGAGCUGCCCGGGCGAGAGGCCAGUAAGCGUGAAACGCGGGGAGAGGCGGCGAAGCGAUCACAGCAACAGCAGCAGCAGCUAUCUGCGUCGACGUCACCUCAACUGCCGCGGGGCCAAUCAGCGGCGCCUGAAACGGCGUCCAUCAAGCAAUCAUCAUCACGCGGCGGCACGCCCAGAUCAACACCGGCCCCAGAGUCGCUCCCUUCUCGCCGACCCGGCUCGCGAGGUAAAGCCGCGAGCCAGGAGCCACAGCCGUCACUGGCCGUGGAUCGAUCUCGCCGUGCCAGUACGGCGCGCAACACUCCGGUUCCUGAAGUCAAGCAGCCGGGCAAACGUACCAAACGUCCCGCCCCCGGUGUUGUCAGUACGACUAGCAGCGGCGGUAACAGCGCCGUUGGCAAGCGUAAAGCGGCACCCAAGAGGAAGGCCCGCGCGACCAAGAGAGACAAGGGUCAAGUGACGGAGGAGAUGGUGGAGGUGGAUGAUGAGGGCAACCCUAUUGAUCCUGACGAGCCACGAUAUUGCCUCUGUAAUAGAGUGAGCUUUGGGACCAUGAUUCAGUGUGAUAACGUCGAUACCCCGCUGACAAAGCAGCAGAAUUGCAAGCAGGAAUGGUUCCAUCUCGAAUGCGUAGGCCUUUCCGAUAUCCCUGCACGAACGACGAAAUGGUACUGUCCCGACUGUCGUAGGCUUCUCAACAUCGGAGAGAAGGGAGAGAUUAGUGCCCGGGGGGUUAAGAAGUAG